AUUGCGCAAUUGAAAUUUUACCGAAGAAGACACAAAAAUGGAGCGCAAUAUAUUUCUAUAUGGUUUACUAAUUUUAGUGUUUUUAAAUUUAGUUGCAGCAGGCAGUAGUGCUCGAUUGCCACGAUCACCGCAAUUCGGAGGCGGUGGUUUCAGCCAAGCAAGCGCACAAUCCGGUGCGUUCGGUGGUGGUCCAGUUUACUACCCGGGCGGAGGCUACGGAGGUGGUUUCGGCGGUGGAGGCUUCGGAGGUGGAGGUUACGGUGGUGGAGGUUUCGGACGUGGUUAUGGCCGCGGUUACGGAAACCGAAGGUUUGGAAGAGGCGGAGCCCCCUUGUCAAUUAGUGUAGCUAAGAGUGUCAGCAUUGGAGGAGGAAAGUAGAUUUUACUCUUUGCACUUUUCCACUUAGGUACCUGGGAUAGAGUAUUUUUAUAACGACAUAUACGAGUAUAUAAGUUGACAUAUGAACAAGAAAUAAUGACCCUGUACGAAAAUGUGUAAGUAGCAAGGAAUUUGUAACUAUUUGUAUUGGCAAUAAACCUUUUCAAACGUUUCAAACCUUUUUCUUUAUUUUAUUUUAAUGUUUUCCUUUGCGUCAAUUCGCGCAAAUAUAAACUAAUGUUAAGUUGUUUGACAAACUAUUUUUCUUUCGAUAUAA